UUACUUUGUGUUGUUUGACAGAAUCCCACAGAAUUAUUAAAAAAAAAAAAAACUCACAUUGUUGAAGCAGUCGAAGUGAAGAUAUUCUCGGGGAAACUGCUGUUUAUUGUGAAAAUCAUCUUUGACCUUGGAAUUAAGAGUAAAGCUGGAAAGGAAUUUACAGACAAGAAAGAAAAGAAGUUUGGAAUUGGACUCGGAUCUGGGCUUGGAAAUGCCUCAGCCUAGCGUAAGCGGAAUGGAUCCGCCUUUUGGGGAUGCCUUUCGAAGCCACACGUUUUCAGAACAAACUCUGAUGAGCACAGAUCUCUUAGCAAACAGUUCAGAUCCAGAUUUCAUGUAUGAAUUGGAUAGAGAGAUGAACUACCAACAGAAUCCUAGAGACAACUUCCUUUCUUUAGAGGACUGCAAAGAUAUUGAAAAUCUUGAGUCUUUCACAGAUGUCCUAGAUAAUGAGGGUGCUUUGACCUCAAACUGGGAACAGUGGGACACAUACUGUGAAGACUUAACAAAGUACACCAAACUAACCAGCUGUGACAUCUGGGGAACAAAAGAAGUGGAUUACUUGGGUCUUGAUGACUUUUCUAGUCCUUACCAGGAUGAAGAGGUCAUAAGUAAAACUCCAACUUUAGCCCAGCUUAAUAGUGAGGACUCACAGUCUGUAUCUGAUUCCCUUUAUUACCCUGAUUCACUUUUCAGUGUCAAACAAAAUCCCUUACCCUCUUCAUUCCCUGGUAAAAAGAUCACAAGCAGAGCAGCUGCCCCUGUGUGUUCAUCUAAGACUCUACAGGCUGAGGUCCCUUUAUCAGACUGUGUCCAAAAAGCAAGUAAACCCACUUCAAGCACACAAAUCAUGGUGAAGACCAACAUGUAUCAUAAUGAAAAGGUGAACUUUCAUGUUGAAUGUAAAGACUAUGUAAAAAAGGCAAAGGUAAAGAUUAAUCCAGGGCAACAGAGCCGGCCCUUGUUGAGUCAGGUUCAUGCAGAUGCGGCAAAGGAGAACACCUGCUACUGUGGUGCAGUAGCAAAGAGACAAGAGAAAAAAGGGAUGGAGCCUCUUCAAGGUCAUGCCACUCCUGCUUUGCCUUUUAAAGAAACCCAGGAACUAUUACUCAGUCCCCUGCCCCAGGAGGGUCCUGGGUCAAUUCCAGCAGGUGAAAGUAGCAGCCUUUCUGCGAGCACAUUGGUCUCAGAUUCAUCCCAGAAAAAAGAAGAGCACAAUUAUUCUCUUUUUGUCUCUGACAACUUGAGUGAACAGCCAACCAAAUGCAGUCCUGAGGAAGAUGAGGAGGAUGAGGAGGAUGUUGAUGAUGAGGAUCAUGAUGAAGGGUUUGGCAGUGAGCAUGAACUGUCUGAAAACGAGGAGGAAGAAGAGGAGGAAGAGGAUUAUGAAGAUGACAAAGAUGAUGAUAUUAGUGAUACCUUCUCUGAACCAGGUACUACAAUGCUUAGAGGCUUACCAAACUGACGUUCUGUUACUAUUUUGAUAUAGAAAAUUUUUGUUUGGAUGUUUUCUUUAUUUUAGUUUGGGGAUUAAGUGACUUAAUAUCUUG